AUGUUUUUGCUAUCAGCUCCCGUGCUGAUCUACCUGGCGUACCUGCAGCUGUACGCGACGGCUGCAGACACGGCCACAUCGGAUUACCCGUACCUCACGAGCCCAGAUGUCUUUCCAUCUCCAAACGCCACUGGAGCUGGCGGUUGGGAUGAUGCCUUUGACCAAGCCAAUGCCUUCGUCGCGCGUCUCAACCUCACCGAAAAGGCCAUGCUUGUCACCGGUUACCUCGGCGGGCCAUGCGUGGGCAACAUUGCUGCGAUACCCAGGGUAAACUUCCGUGGAAUCUGUCUGCAGGACGGCCCAAAUGCCGUCCGUACGGCCGAUAAGGCUACUGUGUUCCCUGCUGGUCUGACAGUGGCAGCAAGCUGGGACAAAGACAUCUUCUAUCAACGAGGAGUUGCAAUAGGCGAGGAAUUUCGUGGCAAGGGAGCACAUGUCUACCUGGGGCCCGUUGCAGGUCCUUUAGGCCGACAUCCACUGGGAGGCCGCAACUGGGAGGGCUUUUCCCCGGAUCCCUAUCUAACCGGAGUGGCAAUGUCAGGCACCAUCAAAGGAGUUCAACAGACAGGAGUCCAGGCAUGCGCGAAACAUUUCAUCGGCAAUGAGCAGGAAACGAGACGCAGUUCUGAGGACGACGGAUCAGUCGAAGCCUUUUCAGCUAACAUCGACGACAGGACCCUCCAUGAGUUGUAUCUCUGGCCUUUCGCUGAUUCAGUAAAGGCUGGAGUCGCAUCAUUCAUGUGCAGCUACAACCGUCUCAACCAGACAUACGCCUGCGAGAACUCGAAGAUCCUUAAUGGGGUGCUGAAGACCGAACUCGGAUUCCAAGGCCAUGUUAUGUCGGACUGGUUUGCGACGCAUUCCGGCGUCAGAUCCAUUGAAUCGGGCCUGGAUAUGAACAUGCCGGGACCGAUAAAUCAGGCUUCCAUAUACACGGGCGAAUCCUUUUUCGGAGGAAACGUCACGCGUGCCGUGUCGAACGGCAGUCUUCCCGAAUGGCGCGUGGAUGACAUGGUGCGGCGCAUAAUGACUCCCUAUUUUCUCCUGGGUCAAGACUCGGAGGAGUUCCCCAGUGUUGACCCCAGUUCGAUGGGAGUUAUGGCUGCCAUCUAUGGAAGGCUACAAACAGUCAUGGGGAUGAUUGGCGGCAUGCCAGAGGCUCGAGACGUUCGUGGAAACCAUGGAGACCUGGUUCGGAAGUGGGCCGCAGCCAGCACAGUGCUUCUCAAGAACACCAACGAGACUCUUCCACUCAAUUCUCCGAGGAAUCUUGGGGUAUUUGGCAAUGAUGCUCCAGAUGCCACGGAGGGUUCCAUUCCGCCAGAGAACUUUGUCACAGGUACGCUCUCGAUCGGCGGCGGAUCUGGUAGUGGCCGCCUCAGCUCCAUCGUCUCGCCUUUGGAAGCUCUCAAGGCUCGCGCUAAAAAGGACGGCACUUACCUGCAAUAUAUCACGGACAAUUCGAAAUCUGCUGCGAACGACUUCAGCGGAAUCUAUCCCAUACCCGAGGUGUGCCUUGUGUUCUUGAAAACCUGGGCUAAGGAGGGUGAAGACCGCACCACCUUCGAGGCUGACUGGAACUCAACGGCCGUGGUCAAUAACGUCGCCUCCUUCUGCCCCAAAACCGUCGUGGUCACUCAUUCAGGUGGCAUCAACACCAUGCCAUGGGCAGACAACCCAAACGUGACUGCUAUUCUUGCAGCGCACUACCCAGGAGAGCAGAGCGGUAACGCCAUCGUGGACGUUCUCUAUGGAGACGCCAAUCCGUCCGGCAAACUGCCGUAUACCAUCGCUCGCAACGAGUCAGACUACAACACUCCAAUCUUCAAUAUCACUGGCCCGCAGGCCAAUGAGAGCGCAGCCUGGCAAGCCAACUACGAAGAAGGUCUCAUGAUUGACUACCGGCACUUUGAUGCCCAGGAAAUCGAACCUCUUUACGAGUUCGGCUUUGGGCUUAGUUACACCACGUUCGAGAUUAGUGGUGACUUGUCUGUUGCCAAGGUUGUGAACAGCGUUUCUGGUUUCCCUACGGCAGUCUCGGCUGUCAGUCCCGGUGGAAACCCUGAGCUGUUUGCCACAGUCCUCAACGCAAGCACCCAGGUCACCAACACGGGCGACACGCCUGGCGCUGCCGUUGUGCAGCUUUAUGUUUCAUUUCCGGAGGAUAGUGUACCGGAAGGCACGCCAGUAAGAGUGUUGCGCGGAUUUGAGAAGGUGCUGUUGCAGCCGAGCGAGGUGCAGCCGGUCAACUUCAAUCUCACCAGACGGGACCUCAGUGUUUGGGACGUUGAAGCUCAGGAUUGGAAAAUCCUGCCAGGCGAAUAUAACAUUAGGGUUGGGUUCAGCUCGAGGGAUUUGAGGGCCGAUGCGACUGUCAGCCUGCUGUGA